CCAGCGAUUUACUGCAUGGGAAGUUUUUAGAAGUUAAAUUUCUCUUUCCUUGAAUGCCAUGUACUUUUAAAAUGGGAUAUUUUGUGUUUUCUACAAUACUUUUGUGUAUUGCGGCAGGUGCCACAGCUGCGACGCAGAAAAAAUUGACAUAUCCCCAAUUUCUGGUUGGAAAGACCCAUCUUUACCAUGUUACCAUCACUACUACUGCGGGUGUCCCUGGAAUGCGCCCUCAAGUAUCGAAAUCUGUCUUAACGGGUGAACUGAAAAUAUAUGCCAAGACUAAGAUAGAUCUUAUAUUAUCGGUGGAUAACGUUAAAGUGAGUGCAUCAGAACCAAGCCUGAGUAGCAACGAUGCUCAUGUUACUAUGAAAAAAAGUAGAAACUUAGAAGAACAUUUGAAAUUGCCGUUCAAAUGCCGAUAUGAAAAUGGAAAGAUAAAGAGUUUCACGCUUGAUCCUAAAGAUACGUUAGAGUCUCAAAAAAUCAAACGGACCAUCUUGAGGAACUUGGAGUUAGAUCUUGAUAAGAAAGUUUUGAGACCACCAUUAGAAGGAGAGUGGCCAGCGACAUAUAAUAUCACAAGAAGAUCUCUAGUCGGUAAUUAUAGUUCUCACUAUGUCAUAACAUCUAGUCCUUACGAUGAAUUUCCAAAGGAAGUCAAUGUUUUCAACAUCAGUAGAACAGACAAUUAUGAAGUCAUUCCUUAUGCUGCAUACAACGUGCAUCACAACUUUGAAGCGCAAGGAUGUCCAGAAGUCUGCAAAGAAAUGCAGAAAGAAAAUAAAUUUGGGGCUGGUUGUCCACUUGGUUAUGAAACGCAUCAGUCCAUUUUGAAAAGAUCCUUUGUACAGCAUCAUAAUUUAAAAUAUGUUCAACAAGGACCUUUGAUCAUUGAUAGUGUUGUAACCAAAGAAACACAUGUUGCUGAUGUAUAUGAUCAACAAAUGCAAGUCACUAUAAACACGGAGCUCAUAUUUAAAGUGGCAACUCUGGAAAAAAUUGCAGAGCGUCGGGGUCAAUACAAUUUUGCAAAUCUGGAUGAUUUCUCAAAUGAAAUAAACGAAGAAGGAAUAGCAAAACUUUGCAGACAUUCGAACAAAACUGAACCUGUAUCGGCCAUUCAAAAGCUUCUUCAUGACGUGGCUGAAAUUGUAGUGAAGGCUGAUCUCAGUAAUAAGACGUCUGAUUUGUUAGGAGAGAAAGUUUUCCUUCUUCGCAAAGCCUUGAUAUCAUUGAAGCAGAUAGAUCUAAGGCAUAUAGAAGAAUCUAUAGUUAGUUAUCACAAAUUACCUAAAGCAACUGAAAUCGACCAAGUUAAGAGACAAAUCUGGUUAGAUAUACUGCCAGUGAUCGGAACAGUUGAUUCCGUCUCUUUUAUUACCAACAUUAUUCAAGAAAACGUCAACAAGCCGGAUAAGGGAAUAUCUUUGUGGGAAGCAGCUUCUGUAUUGUCAGCAUUACCCGUCAACCUCAUUCACAUCACAGAUCGGACGAUACUAGAUCUCAGCAGACUUUUGGAACUUGUAAGUGAGAGAGAUGAGCCAGGCUAUAUGGUAUUUUACUCUGCUUCGUACCUCACAGUGGCUCGUACGAUUUAUAAAGCCUGUUCUAUGAAAAGUGUAAUCGCAGAAGUCGAAGAACCUCCCAAGAAAACGGUUAUUGAUGAAAUUAACUUAAUCUUGCAACGUCUUACAGUUCAGAAACACAGAGAACCACAAAUCAAAUGUCCGAAAGCAGUAGUUAACAGGUUCAUUGAUGAUGUAGUGAGCAAACUGAGUGACACUGACGACAAUUCCAAGAGGGUUAUUUACAUUGAAACCUUAGCUAGAACUGGUCUUUAUGAGGUUUUCCCUUACUUGUUGCCACAUCUGUAUGGAAAAUUAUCGGGUUUCUCAGAGAGUUAUUCAGAUUUUCUAAAAGUUGUUACAAUCAAAUCUCUCCAUAAUUUAGUUGAAGCACAUCCUCUAGAUGUGCAACAUCUUGUAUUGCCCAUAUACUUAAACAGAACUGAGUCUUCCAAGGUUAGAAUGACCGCUUUUUCUGUCUUCAUUAAAACCAAUCCCUCUCUCGGAAUUUUGCAACAAAUUGCGCAAAAAACUUGGGAAGAAACGAGUCUUGAAGUAGGCAGUUUCGUCUCAUCAACACUGGAUCACUAUGCAAAUUCUUCACUGCCGUGCCACCAGCUAAUAUCUCAUCGUAUUAAAUUAAUUCUUCCCCAUUCUAAACGAUUUGAUAUCGGAAUACACCAUUCUAAGAACUUUUUAUGGGAUGUUUUCGAUGAAAAUCGUGAAUUUGGCGUUUCCAAGCACCUGAUGUAUGCAGCAAGUAAUGAAUCUAUCAUUCCCGGUAUUUUUUAUGGCGCUUUAGACUUCCAUGAUCGGGGUCUCAGAGAUCAUCUUUACCAAUAUGCAAUUACCAGCCAAGGAAUAAGAGCCGAUGUCAUUUGGGAUCAUCUUUACAAAUUAUUUGGCCUGGAAACCGCAAAUACAAUUCCAAAAAGCAAGGAGUCAGAAAUAUUUGCGAAGACAAACGUAGUACCUCGAGAUCCUGAAUUCUGGAGGAUAGCUAUGUACCACAAGAUGUUUUAUUCUGUUUCUUACAACUAUUUCGAUCAAAAAGAAGCAGAAAUGGGCACUUUAGACGAUUUUGUUAAAGAUUUCCUUUACCAUUAUUUCAAGCGAGAUCCCAAAGAAGGUAUCAGAGGUCAUUUUGUCAAACUUUUCAUGCCUGCUUCAUAUUACACGGAAGCCAUUGGACAAGCUUUGCCUUACCCGAUUCAGUUCAAAAGAGAAAAUCUUGUGCUGUUUUCCCUGAAGCUAAAAUUAAAACAAGAAAGUGUUAAAACAUCUAAAAAAGUGAAAGCUUUCGUUCAACCAAGCUUAUACCACUCAACGCUGCAUACAACUGAAAUUUUGAAUCUGAGGGACUGCAAAAAUGUGGGUGUUUACCAUACCAGCCGAACAGCUUCUUCCCAUUCCAUAGAAUUAGAAUUCGGAAAGAACAGCAGUGGAAUGUUCAACCUCACUUACAGAUUUCCAAAUCUUCCAAGACAGACUUUUGCUUAUCAUUCAGAGGCUGGGACGUACGCCGGGUCGCAGGACAUUACUGAUCUAUCAAUUAAGGAACACAGAGUCCCCAUUGAAACGACGCUUCUUAGAUUCAAGAAAAAUAGGACAAGCAGUGUCUUCGGUUUUCCACCAACACUAACCGAAACUCUAUCAGAAAACAUUCUGGAAGAUAAUGAGGGUCUUUCGAACAACUUUAAAGAAUCAGUUGUCAAUUUUUUUGCAAAAUACCGCAAUGCUGGAUGGAGGAGGAAGACAAUGAAUGUCACCAACCUAACAGUAAAAGACGAAUGGUCAUCGAAUACGACGGGCACAUUGGUCAUUGCAUUUAAUCGCCAAUAUCCCAAAAAUGUUGGAAAACCUUCAAGGAAACUAAAGGACAUAAACAUUGAAAUGAAAAGACCCUGUUUUGGAAAGUUUAUGACAGAAGCUAAUAAAACAUUCUUGAAAGAAAUAACUCAUUUGAGAGAGGCAUUUAAAGAAGAAGAUCACAUGCUAGAUGACAGCGUACACAUCCAAUUCCAACUGACAGAAAAGGAGAAAGUAAUAUCCACAGCAGAAGCAAGUUUUGCCUACAAUCGCUCACUUAGCGGGAGUAUGCAUGACUCAGAGCUUAAUAUCACUGCUCAAACAUAUAAAAUUUCCAAACCUCUAAAGGUUUCUCUGAUCUUCACAGCAGUAGAAAAUGCCAAAGCACAUGUGAUGAAAUACCACGACGAGGAACAUGAAGACCAACGAGGAAUCGCACAUUUCAGAUUUGGAAUCGGAGAAGAUGAUCCGUAUACAAACUUCACGUUUUCCUUGAGAGGCAUCUACACGCGAGUGAAUUUCAGCGAAACCAUGAAUAAAGAAUUAGAAUCGCCCCUUUUGCCUGAAUUCUUCAUGCCGGAAACUCACCAAACAUGCCUCGAAGACAGGAAGAAGGGGAAUGGAUAUUCAGUAGCCUGUAUCAAGGCUAUUAGACAGAGAUCGAUUUACAACAAUUUAUCGGGAAUUAUUUCUUGGAGAGGGAAAUUUCCUAAAAUUUUCAGUGGACUUGUCAAAAAAACAGAGCUUUUCCUGAAAACUGACUUGUCUGAGGCAAUGAUCAGUGGUCAAAAAGAGGAUACCCAUUUGCCUUACAAUGUUACAUAUAUCGACGUAUUAACAGAUAAGCCCGUAUAUGAGAUGUUUCUGGAAAAUGAAAAAGAUAUCGCCAGAAAAGUAGUGCCAGUUCCACUUCCUGCCCAUUCUAGUACUGCCAGUUUGCUCGAUAACUUUAUAUUGAGAGCUACUAACAACUCUUAUCCAGCUACGUGCGUCGUGAUGGAGAAAUACGUGACGACAUUUGAUAUGGUCAACUAUCCGUUAUCAAGCGAUGUGCAUAUGUGUUCUUACAUUGUAUCAACUCACUGCGUCAAGCAGAAGAAAUUUGCUGUUAUUGCUAAAUUCAAUGUAGCUUCUCCAGGGUCAAAGGAAAUACACUUACAUUUCGGAAGCGAUGUAGCUAUAUUAACUCCCCAAAACAACACUGGUUUGUUUACGGUGAAAUACAAUGGUCAAGAUCAUGCAAUUCAUCCUUUGCAACCUGUGAAUCUGAACAACAAAACACUGAUAUUUGCUUAUAUAUUGGAUGUGGAUAAAGAUAUUCUAGUUGUGGAGGCUAGAAGAACUGGAGUAAAAGCUUUAUAUGAUGGAAAAAAUAUUUUCCUUCAAGUGUCUUCCAAAUAUAAAGGAGAACUUUGUGGUCUCUGCGGCGAUUUCAAUGGCGAAACUUCUAAGGAGUUUCUUGGUGUAGAUGGAUGCCUGUACACGGAUGGCGGAGAUUUCGCGAAGUCUUCUACUCUCGGUCACUGCAUCGAUAAGAGUCCUAGCAAUCCUUAUAUUUGUCCAGGUCAUAAAUUUUCUACAGGUCCACUAGAACCAAGCUCUGAGCAGGAAAACCAGAAAGAUAUUCCAGACUUAAGAAAUGUAGCAGUCAAAAUUGAAGAGACAAAUUUAGUGAUGCGUAAUAUGGUAAUAUCGAAGGAUAAUAAACUAUGUUUCUCUGUGGAACCCCUGCCAUUCUGCGAAGGAGACGAAACGCCCAAAGAAACGGAGCAGCGAGACGUGGGUUUCGUCUGUUACCAAAAGAGUGAUCCUAAAUCCAAGCACAUGCUGGUGGACGUGUCACACAGAAUUUUGACAGAGUUGGACAUAGCAGACUGCGAAUUCACUGAGAAUGUUUCAGUUGCAAUAAGCUGUUGAGAAGGAAUGAUGCGCAUCUGAUUAUUUAUUUAUAAAUAAUAUCACGAAUCUUAGGUUCUAUCUCUCCUUUAUUUUUUUCUGAUUUAAAUAAUAAUCCUGAUGUAAAAUGACACAAAAUAA